AUGGUAUCAUUAUACGUCCUGCUCGGCACAGUCAUCGGCUACUACACGAUCAUCACAUUUAUUAAAAUCUUCAUCUGCGUUCCAGUCUCUGCUUAUUGGAUUCAAUCUGAAAAAGCAAACGCGACAUGUCUCAGUCAGCCCGGUGUCAUUAUCGCCGACUCCGUCAUCGGCACGGUCACAGACGCCGCCAUUUUCGCCUUCCCAGUGGCCUUCACCUGGAAGUUGCAGAUGCCGUUCUGGAAGAAGAUCAAGGUCAUCGUCCUCCUUGGUCUUGGUGGUGUGGCUGUGGCCUUCAGUCUUUACAGAAUGGUUAUCGGGAUUCAUGAGAGAAACCAGCCCGAUGCAACCACAAAGUUUAUGAAAUCAAUCUUGACAGCGUACGUUUCGUCACCCUUCUGA